UACAUAGAAUAUGAAAUGGCUAAAUCAGGUGUGUUAUAUAGAAAAUGGAAAGGUCAAAUCAGGUAUGUUAAAAAGAAUAUGACUAUGCAUAUGAAUAUGUUGUCAGAUUUGAAAAGACUAAAUAAGGUAUGUUAUAUAUUAUUGAAAAAGGCUAAAUCAGGUAUGUUACAUAAAAUUUGAAAAGGCUAAAUCAGGUAAGUUAUAUAACAUAUGAAAAGGCUAAAUCAGGUUUGUUAUAUAUUAUAUAAAGAUGCUAAAUCAGGUAUAUUAUAUAAAAUUUGAAAAGGGCUAAAAUAGAGAAAAUGAGAAUCCCUAAAGAAAGCCCGAAACAACAAAAUUGAAAAUGUUGCAGGCUUUGUUUGAUUGAGCCUGUUUAUGGACAGUACCGUAAGUGCAAACUACCGUCCAAGCCUCCUAGCAUUGCCUUAAGCAGAAUUCAACAUUUAAACAUGAAAUGAUAAAAUUUGCAUUAAGGAACAUCAGUAGAUAUGUUCAUAUGGCGGUUGUCAAUGCGACACUUCCGUGCCAUUCAAUGGUCCCCAACUAUUAGAAAGCGUGUGCCUCAGGUAUGUUAUAUAAAAUAUGACAAGGCUUAAUGAGAUAUGUUAUAUAGAUAAUGAAAAAGCUAAAUAAGGUACGUUAUAUAAAAUAUGAAAAGGCUAAAUCAGGUAUGUUAUACAGUGUAUGAAAGGGCUUAAUCAGGUAUGUUGUACAGAAUUUGAAAAGGCUAAAUCAGGUAUGUGAUAAUAAAAACACUUAAUCAAGUUUCUUAUAUAGAAUAUGAAAAGGCUAAAUCUGGUAUGUUAUAUAAAAUAUAAAAAGAAUUAAUCAGGUAUGUUAUAUUAUAGAAUAUGAAAAAGCUUAAUCAGGAAUGUUACAUAUGAUGUUAUAUAUUAUAUGAAAAAGGCUAAAUGAGGUAUUAUAUAUAUUAUAUGAAAAGGCUUAAUAAGGUAUGUUAUAUAAUAAAUGAAAAGACUAAAUUACUAUUUAAUUAGGUAUUUAAUGCAGGAUAUGUAAAGGCUAAAUUCAGGUAUGUUAUAUACUAAGGCGGAAAAAAUCCCAUUUUGGCCUGCAAAAAUCCAAAGCAAAAAAUGUUUUAAAUUUGGAAUGUGUCUUCAUACAAAAUGAGUUUCCGUUUCAAUUCUUUUGAAAUUAUUGAGACUUGGAGAUAAAAUUUAUCAACAGAAAAAGAGAAUUUUAUUUAAAAACUGCCUGACUGAUAUUCCGUGCUUAUGUGCCUAAAUUAAACUGUUGUCUUUAUUUUUGCACAGUAAGUGUUUUGGGCCUGUAAUAAUCUGUCCAUGGAGGUCCAUAAUAAUUUUCUGUAUCAUUAACACAUUGAUUUGUUCUUAACAAUUGAAUGUCAUAUUAUCAUUUGAAUUACAGAAUGGCGGGAAAAGCUGAUAGAACAGUAUCAAAAAACCCUGCUGCAAGUUCCUACAACACCUUUACAGCCAAAAAGUGAAAAAUGUAGCUUUAAUGAGAUUUAUAUUAGACCAAAAAUAACCAAGGACAUAAUUAGAGAUAAAGGUGAGACAGAGGAGGUGGAGGUUAGAACAAUGUCAGAAAUCUUCACAAAGGACGGAGUCCCCCAAAAAUCUGUAUAUGUUCUAGGAGAUGCAGGGUCAGGCAAAACUAGUUUUUGUAAAUAUCUUGUCAACUGUUGGUGUUUGGCACACAGUGAGGAACAUGAAGCAGACAAUGAAAACGAAGAUGGCAAUGAGAUGCAUGUGGGUGGAAAUAAAGAACAUGGAGGUGACAAUAACGAACAUGACAAUGAAACUGAAGGAAGUCAGAAACAUGGAGGUGACAAUGAAAAUAAAGGUGAUGAUGAGAUACAUAGAGAACAUGGAAAUGACAUUAUAAAUGAAGAGGUUAACAAAGAACAUGGAGGAGAUAUGGAAAAUGAAGAUGACAAUGAAGAACAUGGAAAUGACAAUGAGAAACAUGGUGGUAACAGUGAGGAGCAUGGUGGUGACAGUGAGGAGCAUGGUGGUGACAGUGAGAAACAUGUAGGUGACAAUGAGGAGUAUGGUGGUGACAGUGAGGAGCAUGGCGGUGACUGUGAGGAGCAUGGUUGUGACAGUGAGAAACAUAUAGGUGACAAUGAGAAACACGGUGGUGACAGAGAGAAGCAUGGCAGUGACAGUGAGGAGCGUGUUAGUUACAUCGAAGGAAUUAAAAAUGUUUGGUUUGAUAUAAUUAAUUAUUUCAUGUCGAAAUAUGAAAGUGAAACAUAUGAACAAAUAUUCAAGGGUGUAAAUGAGAUAAAGGAAUUUGAUUUUGUAUUUUACAUCCCUCUUAGACAGUAUCAAAACAUUGAUACUAUUGAUGAAAUGCUUCAAAAACGUUAUCAAAUGAAAAUGUUAAACACACUUCUUGAAGAGGAAUCCUCUACAGUUUUGAUUUUGCUCGAUGGCUUAGAUGAAUGGUCCUCUGAAAAUGUCCCAGAACAUAGCAUUUUUAAGGAGUACACAAUAGUAACUACUUCGCGGCCAUGGAAAUUUCAUACAUUAAGAUCGAGUGAUGUGGAGAUUGAACAGUUGCUGAAUCUGAAAGGGUUUGAUUUAAGAUGUCAAAGAGAAAUGGUAAAUAGGACAGUCUCACAAUUAAAUAAUAGAAGACAUGCUAAUAAAGAAGCUAGAGACUGCAUGGAAAAGCUAGAAGAAGAGUCCUUGAAAAGUUUAAAACAGGUACCAAUUAUGUUGCAGCAACUGAUUUGUCUAUGGUUUGAUGGUAAAAUUGAUAAAACCUCAAGAUGUGCCAUCUACACAGGUAUGUUAGAGUUAUUCUUCACCUGGAAUGACAUGAAAACUACAGGAACAAGUACUCGACACAUGAAGGGUACCCAGAAAGUAAACCUCCCUCAAUAUUUAGCCGAUAAAACCAAAUUAAGAUUAAACAGCCAUUUAAUUUAUGAAGUAUCACGGUUGGCUUAUGAGACACUAUUUAAUUGUCCGAAGGAUAAAUCCUUGACAUUUGACAUUUGUAUGUUUGAUGAACUAGAAAUAUCAGAUGAAGUAAGAGAAAAUUGCUUGAAACUUGGAAUAUUGACAGAAGAUGAAUGUCAAAGUUUAUCUGUAUCAGAACCACCAAGCUCAUUGUUCUCUUUUAUUCACAAGUCAAUGCAAGAAUUUCUGGCUGCAGUAAAUAUUUGCAUCAAUUUCAAUGCAAAAAUAAGUUCAUCAGAUAGUACAGAUAAUGUUGAAUUAGCAAAAAAGUUUAUUAAUAAGGUUUUUCAGAAAUGUUCAACAGUAAAUGACAUAUUAGAGCAAUCAAAUGAUGUAAUUAUGCUAUGUGGUCUAGAACCAAGAUUAGCAGCACAUGUUUCAAAAUACAUAUAUGAUACUGUGUCAAAAGACUCUAUCGUUCAGGAAUACAGGAGAACAAUAAGUAGUGACAUUUAUGAUACCAUUAAUAAGGAUCACCAUUGUAUUACUGAUAUUCAAAAGUUUAUGUUUAACGCAAUGGAAGAACUUAAAGCAACAUGUAUUGUAGUAAGUAAUCCUGUAUUUUAUAUAGGAGAUUUAGUCAUUGAUAGUCAGGGUCAGUAUUGUGAUAUUGUUUGUUCAGGUAUUGAUCAGCAUCAAAUUGUUCCUGGCUCCGUUCUGUCUUUUUGUGUAAAAAACAUCAGCAAAAAAAAUGUUAAAUUUACAAAAUAUUUACCAAUGUUUCAUCAUCUUGAAAAAAUUGGAAUAGAAUAUGAAAUUGGAUCAAAAAUGUUAACAAGUACACACAGUGAUAGUACACAGAGUAAUGAACAGUUGAUUGAUGAGGUAAACAAUUGUGUUUCUGAGACAAUUAAAGUAAACACUUUUACAUUAAAAUCUCUGACUCUUCAGCAUGUCUGUGAGGAGUAUUACCCAAUUUUUAAAACAGUUGUAAGUUACGUACCUAGUAUGAUCAAUCUUGUAGCGAUACGAAUGACUUUUAUAACAAUGAGUCAAGAUGAUACUAUUACAUUUUGUAAUUUUCUUGAGAGAACCAGUCAUCUUGAACAAAUACAUCUUUUAAUGGUUAAAUGUGAGUGUGAGAACCAGCAUGAUGUAAAUUUAUCAAAACAUCAACCACUUCAGUACCUUCAUUUGUUUGAUACUGUUAGUGUGUUAGAUGCUGAUGCUACAAACCUUGAAAUAUUUAGAUUUUGGGAAUUGAAAAAUAUUAAUUAUGAGAAAAUAUUUGAUAUUAUUAGAAAAUCUUACAAAUUAAAAGAACUUGUAUUGAAUGGAGAAUAUCACAAUAAAUCUAAAUUAUAUCAUACCAACAUAACAAAGAGACUAGUCAUAGUAGUAUCAUUGUUACACAAUCUCAGUAAGCUUGUGUUAGGGCUUUGUAGGUUAACUGACAAUAUAAUACAGUCUCCUUUAGAGAUGAAAAGGUUAAAGAACAUUGAGCUUAAUAAGGUUAUAAUGAGUUUGACAACAUGGCAGAAAUUUGUUGAUAGUCUACCUCAUAUUCCUCAUACUGUAAAUGUGAUUGUAUGGCUCUGUUAUAUAACAGGAGAUGGUGAGGAGUUUAAUGAUGAUAUGUUAGCAUUGACAUCACGAGGAGGACUUAGUGGAGAGAAGGGAAAUGAUGCUAUACAGUAUGUAAAGGAUAGAGAGUUAUUUCAUGUUAAACGUCGUGGUGAUUGGUUCGACCUUUCAACUAAAAAGUGAUAAAAUAGUAUACAAGUAGUUAAUAUUGUGGUUAAAAUAAAUCAUUGCAUAUUCAAAAACAUAAAUUUAGUUUUCAUUUUCACUACAAAAAAAAAGAUUUGAAAUUAAAACAGAUGAUACAUGCCUUUAAAUUUUCAACAAGAAAGUGAUAAAGUAUCCGUGUAGUUACACUGUGUUUGAACUAAAUUAUUGCCUGUUAAAAUAGAUGAUAAAUGUGAUUUUUUUGUUUAAAAACAAUGAUUUGAAUUUUUAUCAAAGAGGAUACAUGCAUUGAAAUUUUCAACAAAAAUGUGAUAAAGUAUCCAUUUAGUUACAUAGUGUUUGAAAUAAAUAAUGUUGUUGUUUAUUUACCUUUUCAACAAAAAAAUGGUUUGAAUUUUUAACAUAGUGAGAUAGAAUGCAUGCACUUAACAAAGUGUUCAGACUAAAAAAACAGGUUUUACCCAAUAAAUUUGGGUUUUUUUUAUAUUUUAAUCAAAAAGGAGAUCUUAAUAUUGUAGUAAACAAUCAUCAUAAACAGUCCAUUAAAUACUAACUUCUGGUCAAUGUAACAAAAUGUAUUUAUAAUAUUGAAAUUGAAGAAAAUAAUGUUCAAAUUGUGUUUAUAAAUAAAAGUAAGAAAUGCAUUGAAAUAUAAUACAUCAUUUGAUCUUAAUAAGAGUAAAGGUUUUUUUUUGAAGAUCAGUGAUAGUUUUUGAAAAAAAAACUGAUUUAAAAAAUUAAUGUUCUAAUUAUGAAUACAUAAAUAUAUAUGUAAAUAAACAAGUGAACAAAUGAAUGAAUAAGUUAUUAAAUAGAAAUAUCACAGAUGUUUAAUGUGCAAGGUAAGAAAAAUUAAAAGAAGAAUUUUACAUUCAAAUACCAGUUAUAUGAUAUAAUAUAUGAUAGCAUAAGAGAAUGGUAUAUGUAAAUACCGGUUAUAUGAUAAAUAUGUCAAGAGAAUGGUAUAUAUCAAUACAAGUUAUAUGGUAUAUAUGAAUACCAGUUAUAUGAUAAAUAGGAAAGUGAAUGGUAUAUAUGAAUACCAGUUAUAUGAUAUAUAGGAAAGUGAAUGGUAUUUAUAAAUACCAAUUAUAUGCAUAAAGGAUUAGGGAAUGGUAUAUUUAUGAAUACCAGUUAUAUGUUAUAUAAUACUAAGGAAUGUUAUAUGUAAAUACCUGUUAUACAAUAUUUAGACAAUGGAAUUAUUUAUAUUAAUACCAGUUAUAUGAUAUCUAGGACAAUGAAAUGGUAUAAAUAUGUUAAAUAUGCAAAUGAAAUGGUAUAUAUCAAUACCAGUUACAAGAUACAUGUAUAAAGGAAAAUGUAAUGGUGUAAAUGAAUACCAGUUAUAUGUUAUAUAAGACAAAGGAAUAUUAUAUGUAAAUACCUGUUAUACAACAUUUAGACAAUCAAAAUUAUUUAUAUUAAUACCAGUUAUAUGAUAUAAAGGACAAUGGUUAUGGUAAUAUAUUUAUAUGAUAUACUAGUAUGGGAAUGUAAGCAACAGUACCCAUAUUUUUCAUUAUAAAACAUAUAUUUGCCUUUUUUACAAAUAUCUAUUCAUUUCUGAGUCAUAACGUGCCUUUAAUAUUUAAAACUGUAUGUAUAGGGUAAAUUAAUUUUUACAGUAUUAAAGUAAACAUAAUUAUGAUAACAUAAAAACCAUGUUAUGAAUUGUUUACUAGGUAUUUGGAUGUUUAUGUGUAUGUUAUGCCUAGAUAUGUUAUGUCUUAUGAAAACAUGCAUCAAACAUGUAUGUUUGUUACUUAGAAUAUAGAUUAAAUAUAUCAUGUACAUUUGUUAACCUUUAUUUACAUGUACAUGAUAAACAAAUCUAUAUUGGCCAUGUUUAAAAAACUUAUAUGAAGGUAGGAUAAGUCAAUGCUACAAUAUGUUAUGUCAAUUGAACAUAAACAUUUAACAUGAAUGUUUAAAACUUGAAAUGUACAUUGAACAGUAUCUAGUAGACAUUAUUCUUCUAUCAUGAAUAAAAACUUGUUUGACAGCACUUAUUAUUUUGAAACUUGCACAAUUUUAUUCACUUGAAACUUUGAUUGACUAACUUAAAUAAGUCGGUUUUAUUGGAAGAAAAUAAAGUUAAUAAAUUUCUUAAGAUUUAGACCUUGGUUGACUAAUAUAUAGUUUGAUGAAUUACAUGUAAUUCUAGGUUAAAAGUUUAAAUUUUAUCAGAAUGGAUACAACACAUCUAUCUUUAUUGAAUUUAUCAUACAAUGGUGGCAUGUAUUCCAGUAUAGAGAAAUGUUAACAAAAUGUAAGCAACAUAUAACAUUUAUAACUUGUCUUAGAACCUUUAUGAGAACAUUGUUAUUCUGUUGGUUUUGUUUAAUUAGAAGUUUAUAAAUGUAAUACUUUAUCUAUUUGUUUGAUUAUAUUUGAUAGUAUGAAUGAUUGUGUAACUUUACUUAAUAAAUAUUUGUAUAAAAUUGAUUUGUCUAUUAUUGCUUUCCUAUCUCUUACAGAACUAGUGUAGUUAAACACUUGUUGGAUGUUUUUCUUCCCACAUGUUUCUUAGUAAACAAAAACUAAGCUGUCAGUACAUAAACAAUGUUAUCUAUAAUAUAUGCAGACUACUAAGAAGAGACCUUGACCUUUCCACUUUAUCCAUAUUACAAAUACUAAGCUGUCAGUACAUAAACAAUGUUAUCUAUAAUAUAUGCAGACUACUAAGAAGAGACAUUGACCUUUCCACUUUAUCCAUAUUACAAAAACUAAGCUGUCAGUACAUAAACAAUGUUAUCUAUAAUAUAUGCAGACUACUAAGAAGAGACCUUGACCUUUCCACUUUAUCCAUAUUACAAAGACUAAGCUGUCAGUACAUAAACAAUGUUAUCUAUAAUAUAUGCAGACUACUAAGAAGAGACCUUGACCUUUCCACUUUAUCCAUAUUACAAAGACUAAGCUGUCAGUACAUAAACAAUGUUAUCUAUAAUAUAUGCAGACUACUAAGAAGAGACAUUGACCUUUACACUUUAUCCAUAUUACAAAAACUAAGCUGUC